AUGCUUGAGAACGCGAAGCCAAAGUUCAUUCCUCUGAACGAAGAACCAACGGGAGGGCUUGUACCCUGGAAGAAGCUGUGUCUGGGUGUUGACGAAAUCAGAGAUACUGCGAGUGCCGAUACCCAUAACCUGGCAUUACCUACACCCAUACAUCAUAAAGACCUUGCAUAUAUCAUAUGUACCUCAAGUUCGACAGGAAAGCCAAAAGGUGUGGAAGUCAGUCAUGGUGCAGCCGCGAAUUUCUUGAGCUCUCUACGACAUCAUAAGCCAGGAUGCAACGAGCGAGACCGUUUUUUCUUAGCAAUUAUGACGGUCAGCUUUGAUAUGUCGGUCCUUGAAUUGCUCCUACCAAUCCUGUCAGGUGCUACGAUGGUGAUUACAAACUCCGGGGAUAUCAAGGACCCCUAUGAGAUGUUAGACCUCACAAAGGCCCACCAGAUUACAAUGCAGCAAGCAACGCCCGCAGCGUAGACGAUGCUUCUAGAAUCCAGAUGGACCGGAUAUCCGCGACUGUCCAAGAUUAUAUGUGGAGGCGAGCCACUCUCGCGACGGCUUGCUGAUCAACUACUAUGUUACUCUGAUCCGGUAUGGAACGUUUACGGGCCAGCCGAGAAUACAUAUGGAAGUGUUGGAAAAGUCAGCAAAGAUGUGGUUGAUAUGUGUCAACCUGUGGUAAAUGGCAGGAUAGACGCUCCUCGUUGUAGUACCUACGCGCCACCGUCCACGCGACUGUCGACUUGCCAGUGCCCGCCAGGCCGCGCAGCCAGAAGAUGCAUUGCUUGUCCUGUUCCUUAGCCUAGCUGCAUAUUUCGUAGAGGAUGCCGACGCGCGUCUUGAAAAGGCAAACAGGCUUAUGACGCUUCGCGUACGAGUUAAAGGGCGCGUCCGCGGCGUGCGGUAGACGACUGAAGCCGUUCUU